AUAUACUGAUAACUUAAUGAGUAAUGAGUCAAAUGUGUCAAGAGUAAAAAAGAUAAUCAAAUUUAGUGUGUCACGUGUCAAAGAAAAAAGUCAAGUGUGUCAAAAGUCAAAUGAGACAACACAAAUCUGCAAUGAGUCAAAUGUGUAAUGAGACGAAGAAGACAAACAAAUUAUGUGCCAUGAGUCAAAGAAGAUCAUCAGAUGUGUCAUGUGUCAAAUAACAUAGUCAAAUGUGUCAUGUGUAAAGGAAGACGAACAAAUUAUGUGUCAUGAGUCGAAGAAAAUCAUCAAAUGUGUCAUGAGUCAAAGAAGACAGUCAUAUGUAUCAUGACCGAAGAAGAUCAUCAAAUGUGUCAUGUGUCAGAGAAUAUCGUCAAAUGUGUCAUGAGUCAAAAAAGAUCAUCGUAUGUGUCAUGAAUCAAAGCGAGGUCAUCAGAUGUGUCAUAUGUCAAAGAAGACGCACAAAUGUUUGUCAAAGAAUAUCCUCAAAUGUGUCAUGAGUCAAAGAAGACAAGCAAAUUAUCUGUCAUAUGUGUCAAAGAAAAUAGUCAAAUGUGUCUUGAAUCAAAGAGGAUCAUCAGAUGUGUCAUGUGUCAAAGAAGAUCAUCAAAUGUGUCAUGAGUCGAAGCGAGGUCAACAGUUUAUGGAGCGCCGGAUCCAAGAGUGUGUGUUCUGUUGGCUGGAUGUGUGUAUGCAUAAGACCAAAGUUCCCGGGCCGCAUUAUGGAGUUACGGGUUGGAAACAAGUACAGGCUGGGAAGGAAGAUUGGGAGUGGAUCAUUUGGAGAUAUCUACCUCGGUACUGACAUUUCCAAUGGAGAAGAAGUGGCUAUCAAGCUGGAAUGUGUUAAGACCAAGCACCCCCAGCUUCACAUUGAAAGCAAAAUCUACCGGAUGAUGCAAGGAGUGGGCAUUCCAACAAUCAAAUGGUGUGGAGCGGAGGGAGACUACAAUGUGAUGGUUAUGGAGCUCCUAGGCCCCAGCCUGGAGGACCUCUUCAACUUUUGCUCGCGCAAGUUCAGCCUGAAAACAGUAUUGCUUCUGGCAGAUCAGCUGAUCAGCAGAAUAGAGUACAUCCACUCCAAGAACUUCAUCCACCGAGACGUGAAGCCCGACAACUUCCUGAUGGGCCUGGGGAAGAAGGGCAACCUUGUGUACAUAAUUGACUUUGGCCUGGCCAAGAAGUACCGCGACGCGCGCACUCACCAACAUAUACCCUACAGGGAGAACAAGAACCUCACCGGCACCGCCCGAUACGCCAGCAUCAACACACAUUUAGGAAUAGAGCAAAGCCGGAGAGAUGACAUGGAGUCGCUGGGAUAUGUGUUCAUGUACUUUUUGCGUGGUAGUUUACCGUGGCAAGGCCUCAAGGCAGCAACAAAACGGCAGAAAUAUGAACGCAUCAGUGAGAAGAAAAUGUCUACUCCCAUAGAAGAAUUAUGUAAAACAUUUCCAUCUGAGUUUGCCACAUACUUGAACUUCUGCCGAUCACUGAGAUUUGAUGAUAAACCAGAUUAUUCCUACCUACGACAGCUAUUUAGAAACUUAUUCCACCGGCAAGGCUUCACAUAUGACUAUGUAUUUGAUUGGAACAUGCUCAAAUUUGGCGGUCGAGGCGCAGAGGAGCUGGAGCGUGACCGCAAGAUGCACAGCUCCACGGCCCGGGCCCUCCCCGGCACUGCCCUGCCUCGGCGCACUGACCAAAUGGCCGUCCAGCAAGGGCCCAACUCCGGAGACUUCAACAACGUGAGAGGUCACUCAGGCCGCGGCAAGGAGCGUCUGCCGGUCCGCCUCUCUCUGGCCACCAAAGGCUCGGAAUCUCACGACGCCGUUGUCGGGGACAGCAGGGUCAGCGACCGACUGGCCACGCCCUCCUCGGGCGGCAGGAUUAGUUUUAAGGGCUCUGGACUUCCGGUGCCGGUGGGAACCACCGACGGCUCAAAGUUCCGCAGGAUGGCUGCCGACGGCCAGGCGAAGGGAAAACGUUGAUGGGUUGUCACCGGGGAUAACAACGUUCAGCGUUUCAUCAUCGACUUGCCAUCUCUCUCUCAAAGAAGAAAGAAGAAGAAGAAGAGGAAGAGGAAGACGACGUGAUCAGAGUUUUGAUAAUUGUUUAUCUGUUCUUGAUUCUGAAUUUCUGCCUGUGGCUGACGGUUGGCGACAGCGACACUUGCUUUGCAUAAUGAUGUACGUGUACCUGCACUAUUUCUGGCCUUGUGAAAGGGUGGCCUAACUUGAAGAAGCUGCCGCGUUAUCAUGUACUCUAAGCGCGCCCUCACACCCCCACACCCCCCCACCGCUCACUUUUUAAAAACAGACAGGUGAUGCCAUUGGAUGCAGGUUACUGGCAUGAUCGACGAAAGCAAUAUGUGAUUUAUUAUCUCCGUGACUCAUGGGAUCACUAGUGUAGUCCCACAGGUAAUGUUUUGCUUUGCUCUAGUACAUAUGAACCGAAUCUCUGGGGGGGGGGGGGGUUGGAGUCCGUGGCAAGUCAAUCAUCGUACUCUGCAAAAUAUUAUGGAAAAUUGUUCUCAUUUUCUCUCAGUAGAUAUUGUGAUACAUGAGGAAAGAUUGCGUUACAGAGGGAAAAGUAGCCAUGGCUUUUCUCAAACUAUCCGAAUAUUUAUUUUUGCCAGCUUUGUCUUCUUCGAGGCCUGUGUAUAUUGUUCUUUCUCCAAUUUUGUCACUGGUGAAAUUUUUGCUUACCCUGACGGGAAAAGUCCUUUUUUCUUAAAUCACAAUUCUUGUUUUGUGAAAAUGUUGGGACUUUCUACUUUUUUUGUGUAUUUUUUUUUUUUUAAUGACUUUUUUUUUCCUUUCAUGCAAUCAAUUAAUUCAUGAAGUUCUUUUACACCCCUUUAUUAGAUGUUGGACAAUAUGAAUGUGAUAAAUCUCCUUAAUGAUAAAGAAAUGGCUGGUUUGUGCGGUACAGUAGGCUUGGCCCGAGAACCCUGGUUUAUUGGAGGGGGGAACUUUAGGAACAUCAGGAAUAUUGAAGUUUUGGUCUUAGGUGAUGACCCUCUGUGCUUGGAAUCUGGACUGUGUUUGUUCCUGCCAGACAGGAGGAGAGAUGAUUGGGUUUAAGGCGAUUGUCCUUUGACCUCUGUACUUGAGAGAGUGUCUACGAUGAUGACCAAAAAGCCGGUUGUAGCUGCUCUUAAUGGGUUUUUUUUUUUCUUCUGUCAACUUGUACUUAAGUGUAACUCGUAGCUUUACUUCUCAGCCCUGAACUAUUGGAGAAUGAUGUCAAUGCCCAACAGUUAUGUUUAUAAUCUUCCUUACUAUUUUAUCUGUGAGCUGUUGCAUACUCGAUGCCGCCUCAUGUUUUACAUGUUGCGACCUGUGCUUUCUUGUCCUGUCUCCCAUUUGUGAUAGUGAAAACAGGUCAUAGCAAAAAGUGAGCUUAAGAAGAAGUCACAUUUUCAAAGAUAAAACAAAAUGAAGACAGGACAAGAAAGCUUUGAGGUCGCGAUGUAGGCUAUCUGGCGUGUACGGGGCGGUUGAAAUCUUAUUUCUGUACAUUGCACUAGAGCGUAGCAGCAACAAUUUUGUGCUGAAGUAGACACAGUUCUUCACCAUUUCUGGUAAGGCUUUCAUUUUCCAAAGCUGACAAAAUACUACGUUUUCAUUGUUGGUGGGUUCUUCUUUCAACUAGACAUUGAUGCUUAAUUUAUGUGCUUAUUCUAAGUCUGCCUGGUUUAGAUUCAGAGGCAGAAUUGUGAAAUACCUUACUGCUAUGAAAAGAUAGAGGGCUGCUGUGUGUCUAAUUUCUCUCCAGUUUCUCCGACACAGGCGCACCUGUGGGCAUUAUUGGGCAGUGAAGGUUUUCUGCAAACCCUAACUCAACUUGGUUUCUCUUAUGAAUAUUCAAUUUGUCCCUCAGCUAUGCUUGAAGGAUGUUUUUUCUGUAAAUUUAAAGGCAGGACUUCCGUAACGAGCGACCAUUUUACUUAUAUGAGACAGAGUAGAACAGAGGGGUAGGGUUUGGGGUAGGGUAGGGUUUAGGUUAAUGAUAGUGUUUGGGGUAGGGUUAGGGUUAGGUCUCCUCUUUAUUGUUUUGUUGGGGUGGUGGUUCAUUACCAAAGUCCUUCCAAUUUAAAUGUUGAUGGGAUUUGAAUCGUUGUGUGUGAAAAGUUUUUCGAUUAUCUAAGGGAUUGAAGGCCAUUUUUUCUGGAAACUUAUAUGUGAUGGGAUGCAACUGGGUGUGUGUGUGUGUGAGACGCCUUUUGAUGCCUUUGAGUUUUGAGUGUGUUGAGUGCUGGGCGUUGAGUUUAUCGCUUAACGUGCAGUUGUUUUUGAACAUGACAAUUGUGGGCCACAUCUGUGAAUUCUUAUUUCUAUUGUUGUUUCACUAUCUGUAAAGAUAAGGAUGGAUGGGCGCUCCGUCAGCUCAGUGGUUGUCGUGCUGGACUAGUGGGCGGAUGUCCCUGGUUUGAGACCCAGUCUGGGAGUUCUUGAAAUUUUCGUUUUGUGGAGUUUUCCAAGCUCUCAGCCCUUUUGGCUCAGUGGCCCAGUCCUAUCGGAGAUGGGCAUUGUUUUUGUAGGUCCCACCUCUUAAAUAAGUAAUAUGAAUCUAAUAGUGUUGUUAAACUUGUACGCUUUGGGAGGAGGAGGCAUGGUGAAAAUAUGGCAUUGUCUGACCAAG